AUGCAUUUCAGUAGCAAAACCAGUGGGAAGACCGCCCGGUAUGAGUAUAAUUGGGUUGAUGGUGCGGAGUCACUCGAAAAAUAUCAACCUGGAGGCUAUCACCCAGUCAUGAUUGGCGACAUACUGCAUGGCAGAUACCACGUUGUGGACAAACUGGGUUUUGGAGGCUACUCGACAAUUUGGCUCGCACGGGAUACUCAAAUCGGACGCUAUGUUGCUCUCAAGAUCGGCAUUGCAGACUCGCUACCCCAUGAGACCAAAGUUCUUCGAGCACUUUCAGUAUCGCUACCGGAGUGCUCAUAUAUACAAGGCAGGUCUGAAAAUCGCAGCUUGAUUACUAUUCCGCUCGAUGAGUUCGAGGUACAAGGUCCGAAUGGGACGCAUCCAUGUUAUACAAUGGCACCGGCACAAUGCAACCUCAAAGAGGCAUCGUUUAGUCGCUUGUUCCCUCUUGAGGUUGCCCGAGCACUAUCAGCUGGACUCGCCUUGUCUGUUUCUUCUGUUCACUCUCAAGGUUAUGUUCAUGGAGACAUCCACCUCCGCAAUGUUUUAGCUAAACUCCCCUCAAGCCUGGAUGAACUUUCAAUUGAGAAGUUUUAUGAAGAAUAUGGAAAACCCGAAACCGUACCAAUUACUAGAAGUGAUGGUGGCCCACUUCCAGCCAAUGUUCCUGAUAAAGCGGUAAUACCACUUUAUAUUGGGAAAUAUGCCGAAGAUUUUUCACUUUCCGAUGCACAUGUGCUAUUAAGUGACUUUGGUGAGGCAUUUGCUCCUUCUUUGGAGCCUCGCCUUGGGAAGGACUGCCACACUCCCCUCUCCUUAAGACCCCCAGAAGCCCGAUUUGAGCCCGAAAGUCCGCUAUCAUACUCAGCUGAUAUAUGGACCUUAGCUACAGCACUCUGGGAGAUUGUCGGUAUGAAGGCUAUAUUUAGUAGCGAAUUUGUAACAGCUGAUGAUGUAACAAGCCAGCAAAUUGAGGUCCUUGGACCUAUGCCUCAGGACUGGUGGGAGCGUUGGGAAGAACGAGGUAAAUUUUUUGACAAGAAGGGGAAUCCUAAGGGGGCGCGUGAAAUAUGGCCUCCGAUCCAUCGAGCAUUUGAAGAGGGUGUGCAGAAGUAUCGACGAAAGCUGCUGCCAACAGACGUGUUUAGUGAAGCGGAAACGGCUGCUUUCCUUGACUUAAUGCGCCGAAUGUUAGUGUUCCGGCCUGAGGAACGACCGACUGCAAAGGAAGUGCUGGAAUCGGAAUGGAUGGUCAAAUGGGCGUUGCCCGAUUUUGAACGAAGUUAA